AUGUCAGAUCCACAAAAGAUCGCCAUUGAACCAAUGGCCCAGCAGCUCCUUGUCCAGAAACCCGAGGAGGACUGGACUGGGGUUACUAGUACUGCACAACGACGAAAGCUGCAGAAUCGGCUGAACAAGAGGUCUCAGUAUCUCAGAAAGCGUCAACGACAGGAACAAAACCGGCUUGCUUCCAAUAUUGUCGGUCAAACUGGUCUACCUGCCGAGUCUAUGCCUUCGAUAGCGCUCGCUCUCCAAGUUCCACCGGACGCCAUGUUUGAAGUCAUCCGUCGAACUUGCGAAGUUUACGAGAGGCCGGAUAUAGGCGAAAGAGUAUUCGCUGUCGCGUGUAAGACUUAUAUGGACUAUACCAUGAACGCUCCUCGAAUAUCCCAGCUUCCCCUUCUGAUUAGUCUUAACGUUACGAUAGCAGUUGCCAAUAAUGCUACAAUAUUGGGGUUUGAUCGUGCGAUUAUGUGCAUUGAUGAAGCUAUUUCACCGUUCAACAUCAAUGGACCUUUUAGUACAGAUCAUAAUCCUCCGAGGGCGCUCGAGCCUACAGAAGUUCAGAAGACUGUGCUGCAUCAUCCAUGGCUCGACAUAUUUCCCUUUCCCAAAUUCAGAGAUAAUGUAAUUCUGGCGGCAGAUGCUGAAUUGCUGGACGAUGGAGAGUUAUGUGAGGAUAUAGCAGAGAUCAACUGGGAGAACGCCGUGAAGCCAAGUCUGAUUGUAUGGGGAGAUUCUUCAGUACCAAAUUCCUGGGAGGCCUCGCCUUGGUUUCUGAGGAAAUGGGGAUGGCUUCUUCAAGGGUGCCCUGAGCUUAUAGAGACGACAAAUAGAUGGCGGCAGAGUCGAGGGGAGAAGCUACUGAAGUGGAAUAAUGAGAGGAAGAGCAUCGCCGUCGCGAAUUCGGCAUCGCACAGAGGCGCUGUUGCGAAUUUGGCCGCUCAACAAUUGGAUACGGUCGUGUGGCCCAAUGGCAAGGCGUCUGACUACGAAUCAGAAGAUUCUGGGUUCGAUCCCCAGCAUGAUCACAUUUUUGCCCCCUAG